CCCUUGUGAGUUAUUCUCCUGGAGUAAAUUCCCAGCCAUGGAAUUCCUGUCUCAAAGGGCAGCGCCCCCUGCAGGCCCAGCAGCAUAUCAUCUCCUGGCUGUUUUUACCUCUUAGUAUGAAAAUUGUUAAUGUUAACAGGCUGGCGCUGUUAAACUUUCAUCCUGGCACAUGGUGACCCCAAGUCUAUCAGAGGACAACUGCACUCCAUUAGGUUUUCAGAAGUGGAUCACGGAGACACCACAGGGUGGCCUUGAACUGACAAUGGGUCUCUCUUUUGUGGUCUUCGUCUGCUACGUGGCGUCCUCGGCGCCUGCAUUCCUCAUGGCGCCCCUGCUGGAGUUCCUGCUGGCUCUCUUCUUCCUCUUUGCCGACGCCAAGCAGCUGAAUGACAAGUGGCAGGGCUUGUGCUGGCCCAUGAUGGACUUCCUGCGCUGUGUCACUGCGGCCCUCAUCUAUUUCACCAUCUCCAUCACGGCCGUCACCAAAUACUCGGAUGGGGCAUCCAAGGCCGCUGGGGUAUUUGGCUUCUUUGCCACCAUCGUGUUUGCGAUUGACUUCUACCUGAUCUUUAACGAAGUAGCCAAAUUCCUCAAACAAGGAGACUCAGAGGAGGAGGCCCAGGAGGGCCGGGACAAAGCAGAAGAAGAGAAUUCAGACUCGGACUCGGACUGAUGGCCUGCCGGUGCCUGGCAAGCCCAGCCAGCUGGGGGCCUCACCGACGCUGGCACCUACCUUCCUGCCCGCUCCGGCUGACAGGGAGGCCGGGGACACUGUGACAUUUCCAGCAGUGGUGGCAGCGGGACAUGCUGGCAGAUGGGGGCCCUCCCACAUGUUCAAGUCCAGCAGAGAAGGCCUGGAGGGGCUCAGGCUGUCUGCACACGAGGGCGGCCCAAUCUCCGCUUCGACCUUCCCACCACGUGACCUCACUGCCAAAGCACCACAGGAAGCAAGGCCUGUUCCCGGCCAGUGCUCAGCCUCGGGUCAGAUGGAGGCUUAUAACUGGUCUUCCCCGCGAAAGCAAGCAGACAGCACAGCUGACCCACCAGGCCCCAUCAGCACCUCCGGGCGGUGCUCCUGUUUUGACCAGGCGCUCAAUAUAGGAGUCUUCCGACCUCCAGGAGCCCAUCUUCCCUCUGGAAAAGCCACCUUGUGGGACUCAGAGCCCCUAACUGCCGCCACCCUCUGCUUGGGAAUGGUCACACCAUCUUUGGGUGGGAUGGAUACUUUGGGCCUAAGACGAUCUGAGAAAAGCUCAUCAACUAGCUGGCCAGCUUUCCUGCCUCCCAGGCCAUGCUGGCUCCUCGUGACCCUGACGUAGUAUUUCCCAGAUGAGAUUUCCCAGGAGCAGCCAGCCUUACUGGUCUCUGGUGGGUUUGAACCACUGACCUUUUGGUGAGUGGACAAUGCCUAACCCGCAGCACCACCAGGGCUCCUUGCUCCAGAAGCCAAAGGGGACCGAAUGGUGCAGUCCGUGGGCAGUGCUGUGGGCAGCUGGGCAGGCCCAGCUGCGGACCCUCUGCUGGAGGGAGGGUCUGGGACACCCAGGACAAUGUCCUCCUACACCCCAGAGCAGGUCUCCUGACCACCUUGUGAGAUGAGAUGAGCCUCCUGCCACCUAAGGACGUCAUCCUGCGUACGGUGCCUCCGUGGGGUUUUGUAACUUUAGAGUUGGGUGUUUUUAUAUAUGUGUGUGUACAUACACACACAAGCAGCUUGCUAACCAAUAGCUUCUCCUGUGACCCAGGAGCCCUGUGAAUGAGCCAGCUUUCUGGGCCAGGUUUGGGGCAUUUGUACGUAUCCUUGUUCUACUCUUGCAUGUGAAUCUCUUACCCUGGAACCGUCAUAUUGGAUUAAACCCGACUACCUGCUA